AUGAAUUCAUCAGAAGUUGAAGAAGAAGAAGAAGCACAAGAUCAUCAUGGAACCAAAAAGUCUUAUGAUUGCACAUUCUGCAAGAGAGGCUUCACAAAUGCUCAAGCUUUAGGGGGUCACAUGAAUAUUCAUAGAAGAGAUAGGGCCAAGAACAAGCCUCAUCUUCUUCAUCACUCACCAAAUUCCUCAAACAAUAAUCAUCAAGAGGGAGAAUUCAUGUCCCUAAAAUUCUCAUCAUCAUCAACCCAUGCUUUCGAUUCUCAAAGGACCUAUGACAACAUGUAUUUUCAUCCACCUCCACCACCACCACCUAACGAUUAUCAAGUUAGGAACCAUCAGCAACAUGAACCACCAUUUCAAUUAGAUCAAUUUCAUCAUCAGCCUAUGAUGAAUCUCAAGAAUCAAGAGCUUCAAGGUGCCAAUUUGAGUCUACAAAUUUGCCCUACUAGUGAUGAUCAACAUGUUAUUAGAAGAAGAAUUCACCAGCAAGAUAGUGAUGAAGUGGACUUGGAACUCAGACUCGGCCACCAUCAUCCAUAA